GUUUGUUGCUGCCGCGUUGUUUGAGCUAGAGCUCCGUCGAGCUGAUUCCUAAUUGUUUGUUUUUGCCUCGUAAAAUCUAAUUUAUAAUCUAUCACUCUUUCUUUUUCGGUGGGGGAACACAUCCCCAACAUUAUUUUAUAUAUAAAAACAUUUGGAUUACCUUGAUAUCGCUAGUUUUAUCCGACUUUCCGAACUUUCGCUACUAGCUUUAGCCCGUUAGCAUUAGCGGCGUGCCACGCCCACGCUACGCUAGCGUUUGUACUCUUCUCUCUCAGAAUAUUAUUGUUUCAUCUACUCUAAUGGCGAGUGUAUUGGAUGUUUCUCUACCUUUGUGUGCAGGUGAGGACACGUUUGAGCUGCAUGCAGUGCAGUUGGAACUGGAGGCCGUGGAGCGGCAGAUCCGGAUCCUUCUCGAGAAGCAGGCCGAGCUACGCGAGCGGCAGACAGCGCUGGAAACUUCUCGCGCAGACGCUCACCAACCCUCGGUAAGUUUGCAGCGUGAUAUUAACACUCCUGCUUCCUCUACGCCGUGUGUUUCUCUGCACAGGGCCCGAGCACCAAGAACGCGUUCAUCCCAGCCCUCGUUCACUCCGGCGCCGUCACACCAGGGACCUUGGGUGCUUCAGCAGCGGAAGACGCGAGCCAGGCCUCGGACCAGGACCUCUCCUCCGCCGCCCCCGGUCUUCGACGUCUCGACACGGAACCGCUUCUCCCCUCUUCGCGAGGCAGAACGCGACGCCGUGGUCAUCGGAGACUCCAUCAUCCGCCACGUCCACGCUACCACAGCCAAAGGUAAGGUGCGCAGUCACUGUUUUCCUGGUGCUCGUGUUCUCGAUGUCUCUGCGCAGAUUCCCGCGAUCCUCAACGGUGCUGAGACCAUCGGAGCUGUAGUGCUGCACGCGGGGGUGAACGACACCAGGCUGCGGCAGACGGAGGUGCUGAAGCAGGACUUCAGAAGCCUGAUCGAGACGGUACGAGCCACAUCGCCCGCGACGAAGAUCAUCGUGUCCGGACCGCUUCCGACGUACCGACGAGGACAUGAAAGGUUCAGUAGAUUAUUUGCUUUAAAUGAAUGGUUGAUGUCUUGGUGUAAUGAACAGAAGCUGCUCUUUGUAAAUAAUUGGAAUCUUUUCUGGGAGCGUCCUAGGCUCUUCCGUGCUGAUGGCCUGCACCCCAGCAGCAUCGGAGCUGAUCUUCUGUCAGAGAACAUCUCCAAGAUGCUUCGCACCGUAUGACUAGUAACUAGAGAGGACUUCAGUUUCAGUUUGGAUCCAGCCUCUUAAGAAGACCUCAGACGACCAUCACCUGUGAAGAGACGGCGCCAGCUCCUGCGAGGACUUCAGAAGACGCAAUCAUCUGGAUCAACAUUCACAUUGCAUAAUCUCUAUAUCCUAAUUUAUUGUUAAUGUAAUUCAUUUUCCAGGAGCUCUUUGCUUCUACCUUCAGUUAAACUGCUAACAGUGAUUGUAAUUAAUUACCUAAAGUAUAUUAUUUGCUAACUACAUUCUUUAAAUUGUAAUGUUGACAUCCAUUUUCUGUAAAGCUGCUUUGAAAUGAUAUGUAUCGUGAAAAGCGCUAUACAAAUAAAUUUGAAUUGAAUUGAAUUGAAUAUAUAUAUAUAUAUACAUUAAUGAUAAAUUUAAAGCUAUUUCUUUUGCCAUUUUGGAGAUGUAGUAUAUUUAUUUUCUUUGUAUGGAAAAAGCAGUCACCUUUUCUGUUCAACAGAAGACAGUAAGUCAUAUCGGACGACAUGAGAGUAAGUAAAUGAUGACAAAAUGUUCAUUUUUUGGUGAACUAUCCCUAUAAUAUUCAAUACUCAAUGCAAAUUCUUCAGUAUUUAUACACCCAGCCCUUUCUUGGCUGUGUAUAUUUCUUGUGCUCCAACAAAGUAGAGAAGAAGAACCACUCAUAAAAUUAACAUUUCAAUAAAGCUUGUUAUUCUGUU